GGGAGGAAGGAGGCAGGCCGGGGCGGGGCGGCCGGGAAAGAAGAAGGGGAAGGCGGCGGGAGGUGCGAGGGCUCCGUCGGCAUGGCGAUCCCCGCCGUUAACCUGAAGGCCAUCGUCCUGGUUCACUGGCUGCUGACCGUCUGGGGCUGCAUGGAGCCCUGGAUAUCAAACACGUACAGCUGGAGCAACUUCACAGUGCUGGCCCUGGGCGUCUGGGCCAUUGCGCAGCGAGACUCCGUGGAUGCCAUCUUCAUGUUCCUCAUCGGCUUGCUGUUGACCAUUCUGACCGACAUUGUCCACUUCAGCCUCUGCUACCCGCGGGCGGACCUCUCUGAUACCAUACGCUUCUGCACCGGCAUGGCCAUUUUUAGCCUCCUCCUGAAGCCUUUGUCCUGUUUCUUCGCCUACCAGAUGUACCGAGAACGCGGCGGAGAGUACGCCUUGAACCUAGGUGUGUUCGGCGUCAGCCAGGAUACCAGCGCCUACCAGUCUAUUGAUACCCCAGACCCGCCGCGCCCGUACCCCGAGGUGGCGAGCAGGGGAGCACCUCCACCUUCUUACUGAUGGCCUUUGGGGGACCCUGAAGCAGCCGAUCUCUCUUUGUGUUGUCUUUGGAAAGGAAACAGGCCUGUUUUCUCCCGGUGGGCCAUUUUCCGAAUGGAGGAGAUACUGGAGAGAAAGCUUUUCUCUGGCCGAAAAUUCAGGCGAGGCUCUUUCCGGCUCCGCCUCCCAACUGUGAGGAGGAUCUUUAAAAUGUGAAUAUUUGCUGGCGGGGGGGGGGGGGACCCUCCAUUUUGUUUCGUCUCUUGCCUGGGUUGCCGAGUUUCCAAAUCAAUGCAAAGGAAUCUCGAAUGGAGGCGACAAUCCAUGCUGGCGUUCUUCGCACGGGCUUGACAAACCUCCCGCCCAGAACGUGCUUUUCAUCAGGCAAAAGGCACAGCCUUUCCAGCACUCCGUGGUGUCGUCCAGCGUGGCUCGUGGCAUCGGUGGCCAACCGGGCCUGGCUGAUGUUUGCAGAAGACGGUGGUUGGCGGAGCGGCUGAAGGUCGUAGAGAGAGAGAGAGAGAGAAAGGCGGUGAACGUUAUCGCACCCGCUGCCUCCAACGGCGAAUCCCUUUAUUCCCACCUGUUGCUUUUUAAGAGUGCCUUCUUCAUUUUCUUUUCUCUGGAAUUUGAUGUUCAGGGCGAAUGAAACAAGCUUUUUUUAAAUAAAAUAAAAUAAAAUAAAAUGUGUCGCAAUCCGUUUUCAAAAGUG